AAAAUACCCCUCUGUUCAGACUCUGCUGACAGAAGAGUGAGACAUAAUAGAAAGGGCAAAACUAGUGGGUUUGCAACAAAUAUCUAAGAAACCUAUCUCUGUAUUUUUUUACUUUUAUUUGACAGGACUCAACAUCAUUCACCUUAAAGAGUAAAGCAGACAUGUCUACAACACAAAACAAUGAGGGGAAUGUGUUGAAGCGUGUGGUAAAACUGCCACUAGUCAGCUCAGCGUUGCAGCAGGCCUUUGCCGUCUACAUGGAUGUGAAAUGCCGUUAUCCCCUGCUUGGGUUUGUGGGUGGUGUAGCUGAGCUGGGUAUGCGUAGUGCAUCCAUGACAGCCAUGCAACAAGCAGCACCUCUGCUACAGAACCUAGAAUCAGAGAUUGAGGCUGUGAACAAUUUUGCACUGGAGGGUUUGGAGCAACUAGAGAAGUUUUUCCCUAUCCUCCAACAGCCCACAGAUGAGGCGGUAGCUAAUCUGAAGGAAGCUUUCUUCUCGUGGCUGGAUGAUGCGCAAUCUCGUGUAAACGAAGAGCUGGACAGAGCUGUGGUCAGAUGGGAUAAACUUUUGGAGCUCAGCUUGCGCCUCUUGGAAGCAGCUCAAGAAACAACAACUGGGCAAUUUAUCACCACUGUCCUGGAUGAGCUCAUCACUCAAUCAGAGGAGGCAGUUGCUUACUACCUUCCUAUGCCACCCACACUGCGUUGUGAGUGGGAGAGAAGAGUGCAGAGCUAUGAAGAUGAGGAGAAUAGUGAUGAUGAUGAAGAAGAAGAGCCUCAGAUGUGGACACGUGUCCGCAGUCUGCUGUUGUGUGUGUACCUGCAGCUGUAUGACAGACUGAUGAAGCUGAAUGAAAGAGUGGACAGCAUAUUGCAGACUCUAGGGGCAGCUGCUGAGACGGUGGGUUUAAUGCGGCUGAUGGAGAUGGUGAUAUCCCUGCUGCUGCUGCUUCUGACAUUUUACACGUAUCAGGUGCAUCGCAUAGAGGAACUGCGCUCUCUGCUCAUGGCUCAACUCGCCUCAGGUAUAAAGGCACUGAAGGGUCUGACUCCUGUACAGCAAAUGCUUAAUCUACCUGCUCAGGUACGCAGUAUUAUGAAUGACCUGCUGGAACUGGGACAGAUUCUCAUACAGCUGCUCAUCAACACCACCCCGCUCUAUGACCUGGUGAAACAGGUGUCUGAUCUGAAUGCAACAAACAACUCAACAUCAGACGAACUACCUGAAAGUCCAUCCAACCGUGCCUCUGCAAACAGUCUCUUCCUCAAAGCCAUGGAUGGUCGUCCGCGUCACCGCAGGAGCCUUUAUGCCCGUUCUCGACGUGGGUCUGCCAGUGGCCCUCCAGUCAGCCCAUCUCCCUCCCCAACUCCUACCACAAUCUCAAAUGGCCGUAAGGGCAGUUUGAAGCUAGAUGCCCAGCUCUUAGGCUCUCCAGAACUUGACACACUGGCAUUGCCCACUACUGAUAUGAUCCACUGCCGUUCCUCAACCACUGAGGUUCUGCUAGCACCUAUCAUGCAGUUGGUAUCACAGAGCCAACAAGCAUUUGAGUUUUUGAGCACUGGCCCGUCAUCCGAAGACCAGGACAUUCCUGUGGUGGAAACCACAGAGCAUUAGGUUCCACUUCUUUAUAUAUAUAUAUAUAUAUAUAUAUAUAUAUA